AUGCCUCCUGGAAAGAACCCGUCGUACACCAAGCUGGACAAUGAGCCGAAGGAUCAGGACGACGACGACGACGUGGCCGACCACCGACGUGCACAGGAAGUGGAGCGCCAGAAACAGGACGAGAAUCUAGACGAGCUGCACUUGGCUGUGAGGCGACUGGGAGAUAUGAGUCUUAAUAUCAGUACAGAGCUGGAUACACAGAACAAAAUGCUGGAUGAUUUGAGUGAUGACACGGACCGAGCCAAGCAGACGCUGGCGAUCGUGUCGAAACAGACACAGGAACUCGUCAAACAAUCGGGCGGCGUCAAAACUUUUGUCAUUAUUGUUGUGCUGGUGCUUAUCUUGCUCCUCCUGACGUACAUGGUGAUCAUGACAUAA